UUGUUUUCUUCCUCUCCUCAGUCCUCGUCUCCUGCUGCGCCGACCCGUGCUUCUCAAUUUUCUUUUCUUCUUCUUCCUCCUGGCUCCUGCUGCGCCGUGCUUCUCUUAUUUUCUUCUUCUUUCUUCUUCAGUUUCUCUUCUCUUCCGCAGCCCUUUCACGCACAUAUCCUCGGCCUCCCCUCACUCUCGCCGUGGAACCUCCCCUCACUGAGUCACGACUCACGCAGCCCCUCUCUCAAGAAAUCAGAAUGGUCGAUAGCAAUGCAUCAUCUGGAUCACCUGAAGAAACUCAAAACCCUAUUCCUGAUGGGAAUGAACCUUCCGAGAAUGACCUCACACUUGAUGCUCUAACUCGAAAAGUUCAAGAAUCUCUAUCACUUGGAAAGAGACAUAAAUUUUGGGAAACCCAACCUGUUGGGCAAUUCAAGGAUCGGGGGGACAGCAGUUUGCCUGAUGGUCCAAUUGAACCCCCAACUCCCUUAUCUGAAGUCAAACAAGAACCCUACAACCUUCCCAGCGCAUACGAGUGGAUUACUUGUGAUCUUGAUUCUGAUGAGAUGUGCAGUGAGGUGUAUAACCUUCUCACUAAUAACUAUGUCGAGGAUGAUGAGAACAUGUUCAGAUUUAACUAUUCAAAGGAAUUUCUUCGUUGGGCUUUACGCCCACCAGGCUAUUUCAGGAGUUGGCACAUUGGUGUCCGUGCCAAAAGUUCGAAGAAGUUGGUUGCUUUCAUUACUGGCAUUCCUGCCAGAAUUCGGGCCCAUGAUGAUGUUGUCAACAUGGCAGAGAUUAAUUUCCUUUGUGUGCAUAAAAGGCUCAGAUCAAAGAGACUUGCUCCUGUCAUGAUCAAAGAGGUGACCAGGAGGGUUCACUUGGAGAAUAUAUGGCAGGCAGCCUAUACUGCUGGAGUGGUUCUUCCAACUCCAAUUUCAACCUGUCAAUAUUGGCAUAGAUCAUUGAAUCCAAAAAAGCUGAUUGACGUCGGGUUUUCCAGACUUGGUGCGAGGAUGACAAUGAGUCGAACUAUUAAGCUUUACAAGCUGCCAGAUUCCACAGUCACUGAAGGUUUCAGAAAAAUGGAGCUCCAUGAUGUUCCUGCAGUGACACGGUUACUAAGGACUUAUUUGAACCAAUUUAUUGUUGCACCGGAUUUUGAUGAAAAUGAUGUGGAGCAUUGGCUUCUUCCAAAAGAGGACGUCGUCGACAGUUACCUGGUUGAGAGUCCUAAAACUCAUGAGAUAACUGAUUUCUGCAGUUUCUACACGCUGCCUUCAUCUAUCCUUGGCAGCCAGAAUUAUACGACUUUGAAGGCUGCAUAUUCCUAUUAUAAUGUUGCCACGAAAACUCCUUUGCUUCAAUUAAUGAAUGACGCUCUUAUUGUGGCAAAACGGAAGGAUUAUGAUGUUUUCAAUGCAUUGGAUGUCAUGCAGAAUGAAUCUUUCUUGAAGGAUCUUAAAUUUGGGCCAGGUGAUGGGAAACUGCACUACUAUCUUUAUAACUACCGGAUAAGACAGGCACUGAGGCCACCCGAGCUUGGGCUGGUGCUCUUAUAGUUUGAUUUCGCAAAUUUUGAUUGAGGAUUAGAACUGCUCUGCUAAAGUUUUCUGCUAAGUUUGUUUGUAAGUUUGCAUCGUUUUUGGGAAUCCACUUAAUUUUAUUGUGUCAAUGAAAAAAACAAAAAUUGUGGAAAUUUGUAGGAAUUUGUGGAAUGCAAUGCUUUCCACAUUUUGUUCGGAAAUUGAAAAUUCUCAAAAUUAUUCCCAGUA